AUGAGGCGUGAACUCCCCCUCAGUUUUUCAGGCUUCUUUGUAGACAAAUGCGACUCCAUACGCCAGCAUUCCACAGGGGAAAUUUUCAUCGGGGGACUUAUCACGAUCAUAGGUCGAGCCAUUGGACUAGACUUCCUGGCUCCUGAGUACAUACAUGUUGACACCCCACCGAACUUCCUGCUAGACUGUGACGCUCUCAUCCGGAUGGAAAUGUUGCUCAAUCGGGGAACCUGCACGUACAGUUGGUUAGACUCUGACAAAGCCCCGAUUUACAUCCUGCGAAGUUUAUCGGUUCUUCAUUCGACACAUACGACCCCGACACUUGGCUUCCUCCAGAUCAGUUGA